AUGGACGCCCACACACUUAACGCUUGGACGCGCUUUGCGCUCCAGAAGGGUGGCAUUGGCAGCUGUACGGCACUCAUCGAUAAUCCAGCAACCGAAGCAGAGGAUCUGAUGUUCAUGACUGGAGAAAAAAUCAUCGUACUGCGCAGACUGGACGACGAUAAUCCCGAGAGCAGCUCUGGCAAGCGCAGAAGCGCAUUCGGCGAUGCGGACGCCUGGUUUUUGGGUUACUGCGAGGGCGUUGUCGGCCGAUUCAAGGGCGGACAUGUGCAAUUUCACGGGAAAUUGAAAAAGCCGGUCUUGAUGCGACGGAGUGGCGUUGGUAGCAUACGCGAAUCGACAGUGCGACCGAUGAGCAAAUCUGAAGCGGCGGCGCUGCACGCGUCUCAGGUACCACCAGGCAUCCCAGUGACAGCUGUGGACUCCGACGGGGAGGAGGCGUCUGCGAUGAGUCACAGCAGAGGCGGCCAAUCCAACGUAGGCACUGAUGGAAGCAGGGCAAGUACCAGCACACGGGGAGGAUAUCCUACGACGUCUCACGGAGCGCCAGACAAGAACGGGGCUGUGAGCCGGGAUUUACCUCCGCCUCAGAGUCAUCUCCGCGCUGCUCCUGCAGGGGUGACUACGCCUCCGCUCUCAGACGAGAACCACGCUCGACAACGUAGAACUGUGGUGGGAUAUGGCUCUGACAAUGACAGCGACGAGAGCGAGACUCUUUUGCCCUGGGCCAGACCGAUGAGUGGAGACAGCAGCGUAGGCUCUUCUCACGGCCAGCGUGCCGCAGGCUCACGCAAUAACGGGACUGGGGUGAAGGGCCUGGGCAAAAGCCUUGAAGGUCUGACGACGAGCCAUUUGCCGCCGUCUCCAAUUUCCUCGGCUGAAUCCCCCAUCACCGGGCGCGGUCUUGAUCAACCGCGCGCAGUCGGGGCCGGUGGCGUUGUAUCAAGUGCGAUCGGUGGCUCAUCGAGUGUCGAAGGUGGUGGCGGCGCGCGUCCUUGGGACCGCGCCCUCAAUGGACAUCUUUCCAAUGCUUCUUCCCUGGAUACGUCAGGCACUUCAGAAUCGGGUGAGGACGGAGCAAAUCGACGAGACCAAACAUUCAGCAUUUACGAUGUGUACGGACGCGACUCGGUCGCCUUUCCCAACUUCAACUUUACACAAAUGAACGGCAAGCUUGGCAGCUCGCGCAACCUUGUGGGGGCGAGUAGAUCGCAGGAUUCCUUGGCCCCCAGAGACGGUGCACCCACCUCGGGCGGGUCCACCCCGGAGCCCACGACACCUGUAGACCGAAGGCCGCAAGCUCCACCUGAUCCGACAGCUGGCUCUGCGAUGAUUCCUGCAAAUCUGCGCAGUCCUUCGGGUCGCAGACCAAACGCAGCGCCCGUCCCGGCUGGGCUGAAUCUCGCGUCAUCGUUGCGGAGAAAGGUCGAAGCCACGACGCCAAUCAGCGCAACCACGCCCAUGGCUGCCUACCCACCUCAAGGACCCGGUCCAUUUUCUGCUGGUCCACAGACUGCCACGUUCGACCCUCGGCGUCGGCCCUCUGGGCCCAUGAGCGCUGGCGCGAUACCGACUCCACGUCCUCGCAUGGCUCCACAGAGGGGCGACUCGCAGGAUUCAUCAGCGAGUGCGGCGAGAAGUGUGCAAGAUGGCUCAGUCCCCCCGGGCUUCAAGCCAGCUGGACAGCCAGGCGGGCAGCAAGCCUUUGCUCAGCAGUCCGGCGUGCCCGCCGUGGGUCCUGGGCCACCGGGGGCGGCACAAGGCGGUCCUCAGCUUCGCAUGCAGAGACCCGCAGGCUUCGGAGAUACCCGAAGGCGGUCCCAGUCCGUCUCAAAUUUGGUGGUGCAAGCUGGACUCGAUGCGGUGCCCCCCUCCCUGCCUUCUGGAAGAAGCGCUGGCGAUUCUCCAGCACAGGGCUCGGUAGACUUGCCUCGACUUAGCGGGUCGCGAGGGAGCCCAGGCUUUGGGCCCAUGCGCUCAUCAUCGGAUCGAAGCAGUAUGCGCGAACGGGUCGGAAGUGGACAGCUCAAGAAGAAUCCAAGCAAUCCUGGACCCGGUAUUCAUGGGGGCAUGGCUGGGCUCGCACCUGGCGCGAAUUUGGCACCCCCAGGCGCUUCGCGCAGCCCUAGCCCUCUCUCUGCAGUCUCUGCCAACUCCUCCGAUGGUCGGUCAUCGGACGCGAGGCGCUCGCCUAACGGACCACCUGCAAAUUUGCCACCUUUUUUCAAUCCGAAUGCGCGAACUGCCAGCCUGGGACAGCCUCCAAGAAUGCCAGACAAUGGCAAGCCCGUGCAGUACGAUAGUCUGGGCUUUGUCAUUAUGGAUACACCCACGAGAUUGCCGCGUGAGGAUCCCGAAGCAGUCGAAGCGUGGCAGAAGGUGCUGGCGGAAAACAACCUGGAAGCAGCUAGGAAGAGUCGAAAAAUCAAGAAAAUGGCGCAGGCAGGCAUUCCUCAUUCUAUGCGUGCGAAGGUCUGGCUAUUCUUGGCGAACAGCAGUCACCGCAGACGGCCUGGUCUGUUUGAGCAAUUGUGCAGGCAGAGUCAAGGUGCGAAAGGCAAGAAGGGCAAGGAAACGGCGUAUGAAGCCAUCGAGAAGGAUCUGGACCGUUGCUAUCCUGAUCACAAGAUGUUCAGGGGCGAAGGUAGCACCGGCAGAGCAGAUCUCGAGGCCAUCUUGAAGGCAUACGUGCAUUACAAUCCAAUCAUCGGGUACACGCAAGGCAUGGGACUCAUCGCAGGUUUCAUGUUGCUGCUCAUGCCAGCCGAGGACGCCUUUUGGCUUCUGUGCGCAAUGCUGCGCGAUGUUCACAUGGAAGGCUACUACUCUAACGACAUGAAGCAACUUCAUGUAGAUGGCAUCGUCUUCGGCCAGCUGCUGCAGAGCAUGGAUGCGCCCCUCGCUCAGCGUCUCAUGGAGAUGGAAAUCGAGCCCAUCAACUUCACGCCAAACUGGUUUUUGCCUCUCUUCUCUCGAGUGCUGCCCUGGCACACGUUGCUUUGCGUUUGGGACGUCUUUUUCUACGAAGGUCCAUCGUUCAUCCUGCGCACUGCUCUUGCAGUCAUUCGCAUCGUCAGGGACCCAUUGAUGGACAAGCGACGAGUGCCGGGACAUGGAGAAGGGAUGCGUCUGCUCUUGCACCCUCCUCGCGAGCUCUUGACGCCAGAGAAUGUGGUGGGCUGCGCAUUGACAGUCAAAUUGAAGGAAGGGGACAUGCGCAAGCUGCAGAGAAACGCCUCCAAGCUCGUCAGGCAGACGGUAGGCAGAGGUAGACAGUCUAGCAGGCCUGGCUCUCCCUCUGCACGCUCCACUUCUGCACCGCCCUCCAAGCGAGGCGGCUAA